AGCGGAGGGAGCAGAGAGAGAGUGAGAGUUCUCCUCCUCACAUCGAGCACCGGGUGGUAACGCGAAGGAACAACAGACCUGCCGGAUUGUGUCCCGGACUCCGGACCACGGACCAGGUUCUGCUAUCACCCCUUCCAUCCCGGGCAGGGUGGCACCUUCUUUUGGUUCUGAGCUUUGCCAGCGGUGUCAGCCUCUCUGCAGCUCUCCGGAGUCUCCGCUCCACCACCUGCUCUCCUCGAUCUGUCUUCUCUGCGUGCGUGUUUGUGCGCGUUUGCGCGUGAGGACAGUUUGGCCGCUGAGCUGUUGAUGAGAGUCUUUCUCACUCUCACACACACAUUGCACAGGAUUGGACGCAAUGCCACCUCCUCCUCCUCCUCUUCCUCCUCCUCCUCCUCCUCAUGCAGAGCUUUCCCCCCUCUUUGUGGAUGGAUUUCUGAAUGGUUUACAAACACUGGAUUAGAAAAUGGAGUGAUUUCUGCUUCGGAACAAGAGUGGAAGUAACAGCCUGCAGAGCUACAGAAACAGACUGGACUUCCUCCCGAGCGUCCCGUCGGAGUCGCUGAUUGAGCUUCUUCUUCUCCGUCACAGUUUUUUUUUCAUUCUGGGAUUUACAUCUGAGAAACCUGAUGAAAGGAUGCUGAAGGGAUCCGACGAGGGACUGAGCCCUACCUGAGUCCUCCCCCUUUCCCCCCCUCCCCCCCCCCUCCCUCCCCACCCCUCUCCUCCCCCCCCCCCCCCCCCCCCCUCCCUCACCCUCACCCUCAGAGCCCUCAGCGUCUCCGUCCCAUCAUGAACCUGCUGUGUCGCGGGCGCCUGAAGCUGCUGGUGGCGUCUCUCACGGCCGUCGUCCUGCUCACCUGGCUCUACCUGCUGGCUGGAAACCUGGAGAAUGGUCGCUCCCUCCUCCUCGCUCCCUGCCUCCCGGACACGCCUGCAGCCCGGGUCCUGGAGCGAGCCGUCCUCGAGUCGCGCGUCCGAGAGGUGGAGGAGGAGAACCGGCAGAUCCGCCUGCAGCUCAGCCAGUCGCAUGGCACCGCUGCCCAGCCGCCGGACGGUAACUAUGGCAACCAGCAGUGGGGAGCCUCGGCGGACACGGGGCCCGAGGACGGGGACAACACGGCCGAGGAGAAGAACAACCACACGGAGUGUCCCCGGUCGCCCACCGUCCAGAAGUGUGAGCUGAUCCAUGUAGCGUGCGUUUGUGCCGGUCACAACGCCAGCAGAGACGUGGUCACGCUGGUCAAGUCCGUCCUCUUUCACAGGAGAAAUCCUCUUCACUUCCAUUUCAUCACCGACACCGUAGCCAAUCGCAUCCUGAGUUCUCUGUUUCAGACCUGGAUGGUCCCGUCUGUGCAAGUCAGCUUCUACGACGCCGACGAACUCAAGUCCGAGGUGUCGUGGAUCCCCAACAAGCAUUACUCAGGUAUUUACGGCUUGAUGAAGCUGACGCUGACCAAAGCUUUGCCCUCCGACCUGUCCAAGGUCAUCGUCCUCGAUACGGACAUCACCUUUGCCACCGACAUCGCCGAGCUCUGGGGCAUCUUUAGAAAGUUCACCGACAAACAGGUGAUCGGUCUGGUGGAGAACCAGAGCGACUGGUACCUGGGGAACCUUUGGAAGAACCACAAACCGUGGCCGGCGCUGGGACGAGGCUUCAACACAGGGGUCAUCCUCCUCUACCUGGAGCGACUGAGACGGAUCGGUUGGGAGCAGAUGUGGCGGCUGACGGCGGAGAGGGAGCUAAUGAGCAUGCUCAGUACGUCGCUGGCGGAUCAGGACAUCUUCAACGCCUUCAUCAAGCAGAACCCCGUCCUGGUGCACCAGCUGCCCUGCUUCUGGAACGUUCAGCUGUCUGAUCACACUCGCUCCGAGCAGUGCUACACCGAGGUGUCUGACCUCAAGGUGAUCCACUGGAACUCCCCAAAGAAACUACGAGUGAAGAACAAACACGUGGAGUUCUUCAGGAACCUCUACCUGACCUUCUUAGAGUACGACGGAAACCUGCUGAGACGGGAACUGUUCGGCUGCCCGAGUCAGGCCAGUCCAGACAGCGUGCAGCUGCAGGCGGCUCUGGAGGAGCUGGACGAGGACGAUCAGUGUUACGACUUUCGACGGGAGCGACUCACUGUUCACAGAGUUCACCUCUACUUCCUGCAGUACGAGUACACGCCCACCGAGGACGACACGGACAUCACGCUGGUGGCCCAGCUCUCCAUGGACAGGCUCCAGAUGUUGGAGGCCAUCUGUAAGCACUGGGAGGGCCCCAUCAGCCUGGCGCUCUACAUGUCCGACGCCGAGGCUCAGCAGUUCCUCCGAUACGCUCAAGCCUCAGAGGUCCUCAAGAACCGCAAGAACGUUGGCUACCACAUCGUCUACAAGGAGGGCCAGUUCUACCCCGUCAACCUGGUGAGGAACGUGGCCCUGAAGAAUGCCAACACGCCGUACGUGUUUCUGACCGAUGUGGACUUCCUCCCGAUGUAUGGUCUCUACGAUUACCUCAGAAGGUCUGUGGUGCAGCUGGACAUGGCUCACACUAAGAAGGCUCUGGUGGUUUCGGCCUUCGAGACGCUUCGUUACCGUCUGUCCUAUCCAAAAUCCAAAGCUGAGCUGCUCUCUAUGCUGGACAUGGGGACUCUCUACACCUUCAGGUACCAUGUGUGGCCCAAAGGUCACGCUCCGACCAACUAUGCCAAAUGGCGAACAGCCACCACGCCGUAUAAGGUGGAGUGGGAGCCGGACUUUGAGCCGUACGUCGUAGUGAGGCGGGACUGUCCGGAGUACGACCAGCGCUUUGUGGGCUUCGGCUGGAACAAAGUGUCCCACGUCAUGGAACUCGAUGCACAGGAGUACGACCUGAUGGUUCUCCCCAACGCCUUUAUGAUCCACAUGCCCCACGCUCCCAGCUUCGACAUCUCCAAGUUUCGCUCCAGCUCCAGCUACCGCAACUGUCUCAACACCCUGAAGGACGAGUUCCACCAGGACCUGUCCAGGAAGUACGGCUCAGCUGCUCUCAAGUACCUCACGGCCCAGAGGAACAUCUAAAAACCACAACCGACGAGAGGCAGCGAGUCCCCGCCAGCCUCGAGUUCCCGACAUGUACCGAGGCAGCAGUGCGCCGCGGCCCGCUAACGCCGCACAGCACAAACAAUGAAAGUAAAGCUUUACAGCCCCUGUGUAACAUUUUGGGGGCUCCUCGUGCAUUAAUUCUCCAGUCGACUCCAGCUCAAGGCGACAAGAGGACGAGGCGCAAAGACCAAAAACCGGACAGAGUGACGGUGGUUUUUUCGAAACGCAGGAGUCACCGGGCUAAAGGAGGCGAUCAAUGGGUGAGGAUCGGACUAGCUUUAAGGUGGAGAAGAAACACAUUCUUACAAUUUGUUCUGACAAUCAGAGCCUUUGGGGACACGGUGCGGAUCAGUCCGUCCACAUCCAGAUCUGGACCCGACAGGACCCGUGGUGUUCUGGGGAAAGAGAAGUUUGUGAGGCCAGUCGAACUGGAGAAAGAUUUAAGCCUUAUCACUUUUCACAAUAUUUACGGAGAUAUUCAAAGAUGUUUUAGUUUUUCUUUUUUUUUCAGUGUAAAUCAGAACCAAUCAAUAAUGAACAUUUACAAAGUUUUGAUUACGAGCUUACACAAGAAUCCGUUUAUUUUUCCUUUCUAUAUUUUCUGACCUCUUUCAAAGAAAGUCCAUCAAGUCCCAGUCGAACUAUGUCCAAUUUUCUGUGAGCUUCAGGGAUGUGCUUUGUGUGUGUGUGUGUUUGUAUGAGAGUGUGUGUGUUCCAGCUGCAUUACAUGGCUCGUCUCCAACACACUCACUGAUUGUCGUCAACAUCGCUCUCGUUCUGUCUCAUGUAUUAGCUUGCAUGUAAAGGGUUGCACUACACGUUUUUAUUUUAUUCUUAUUUCACUUGGGGACAUUUUACUUUUUUUUCCCCCAUCAUGCAUCCCUCUGGAAGAAGCAACAAUCCUUUCAUAAUAACAGAUCUAUCAUCACUAAUGGGACCAACUCGGACACGUUAAGUGAGUUGGUAUGAAUGAAUUUUGACUUUUUCAUGUUUUUUACAUUUCAUCAAAUUAUGUCUAAAUCACUGGAUUUAAAUGUGCCGUCUACUGAACCCUGUUUGUUUCUUUGUAAAGUCCAACUGAAAUGACAAAAUUCUCUCUGUUCUGAAAUAUGUAUUUGUCGUUUUAUUCAAUCAAAAGCAUAAUAUCUUGUUUUUAUGAAUCACACAGAAAUCCAAAAUUAAGCCUCCAAACUCAAAAAUAAUGCAUUUCAUGUUGUGUUUGGACUCUGACUGUGUAUGUUGUUCUGCAAAUGUUAAUUUCCCAUCCUGGCUUUCAGGAAGUGAGUCCAACAGUCCGACCCCCCCCCCCCCCCCCCCCGAAAUAUACGCCGCUAAUGUAGCUAAUGCUAGCUUCCUAGCUAAAGCCUCCUUCAUUCAUUCAUUCAUUCAGAUUCUUUAAAUGGGGCAGAUGAAGAGGUGUGCAAAGAUUUAUUUUUCGGCUGGGCUUUCAUGUAAAAAUUCUAUCCACAGAACAAUGAAAAUGCAGACAGAGAGGCGUCACCAUGACAACCAUUAUAAAAUAUAUAGAAGAUGUUUCAUUUCUGCACUUUGGAUUCAGGUUUUUUAUAAACACAAGAUGCAAAAACUUAACGUUGCAACAGAAGUAAAUCAUGCAGGACAGUUUCAGUUGGACUUUAAUUUCCUGAUCGUCUUUGUUUUAAUUUAAUGUAAAAUUUUCACAAUUGUUUUCUAACGAUAUCUGUCCGUCUGUCCAACCAUCUCAAGAUCAUGUGACAACAUUCAGGGAGUGGAUUCUCGCGGUCCCCAGAGAUCUGCUCGUUAUGAUUGUGACUCCUUUUAUUCUUUACACACACCUGAUGAUCAGUAUUUGAUUAACCAAAAUUUUGGCCCUUGACAAACCAUUUCAAAAUGUUUGACCAGUAAGGGCCUAUGUCCACAGACAGCGUCUCAGAGCGCUUCUCACCAGCGCUCACUGUUGCUAGGUUACUAAAGUUAACUUCUGCUGCCCUUGGUAAUGUCCGUUAGGGGGGCGUUUAGACCGCUCUGCCCCACCAAAAAAAAAUAAAAGACAAGCGUCUCCUCUGCCAUUGUUGUUGACAAAGCUGAUGUUGUAAGUCCCGCCCUAUCCUGAUUGGUCGGUGAGGGUGAUGUGACAUUGAUGAGCGCGGCGCUGUUUUCAAACUAAGAGCGCUGUGAGUGCAGCGACAAGAAACAGCUGAUGCCGAGGGCGUUAGACGCUUAGCAUCAAUUUAGUACUGAAAACGAGCGCCGUCUGUGGACACGUCUGGCCCUUUACGCACGCACUCUGGUGUGUGUUUGAGCUCCCCAGAGGACGAUCCUCUCCUCUUCGACAUGUCAAAUCAUAUUUAUGUUGUUUAUUUUGUUGUCCCCUGCUUCAUUCGGACAAAAGUCGAGCAGAGAAGAAAAGAUUAAAGUCUGGAAUCAUUUGAGGAAAAGGAAAAAGGCCGAAUAAGUAACGGGUAAUCCUGAGUGUCGGGGUGUGUGUGUGUGUGUGUGUGUGUGUGUGUGUGUGUGUGUGUGUGUGUGUGUGUGUGUGUGUGUGUGUGUGUGUGUGUGUGUGUGUGUGUGUGUGUGUGUGUGUGUGUGUGUGUGUGUGUGUGUGUGUGUGUGUGUGUGUGUGUGUGCGUGCGUGUGACAGCUGCAGGCUCGCACAAAGGUGGAGUGGGAAGGCGUGAGUGUGAACCGCAAAGAGCCCAACCCCCCCGCCCACCGCCCACCCCCACCAUCUGCACCGCCUCCAUUGACGUGUUGUUGAUUGUGGUAAAUGCUAGUGCCUUUGCUGUAUUGUGAAACUGGAUAUUGAUUGUACUGUUGUGGCGACAGGGCCUGGGGAAAGUCAGGCGCUCUAUUUAUUAUUGUUGACUCAAAUCAAUCAUAUUUUUCUAUGUAAGUGCUUUAAAUAAAAUUUGCCCUUUUUUAA